CGCAGGAGCGAAGACAUCAAGUCAAACCAACUCCUGGACUUCAGAGAAAAGGACAUAUUCAUCCUCUUUUCUUUUUUUCAAACCGCAACAGCGCAGCAAAAGCGGUGUUCAAUGCGCAACCAUGCUCAUCAUCUCCUCCCGCAGUGCGCUGCUGUCCGUCUACUACCCACAGAUCUUCCUCAUCCUCACCAGCGGUAGCUACCUGGCACUAUCCUCGGUGGUAGCCCUGGGUGCAAACAUCAUCUGCAACAAGAUACCGGGUUUGGCCCCCCGUCAGAGAGCCCUCUGUCAGUCUCGGCCCGACGCAAUCAUCGUCAUUGGCGAGGGCGCCCAGGUUGGAAUCAAUGAGUGCCAGUACCAGUUCCGCUAUGGCCGGUGGAACUGCUCGGCCCUGGGCGAGAGGACCGUCUUUGGACAAGAGCUGAGAGUAGGCAGCAGGGAGGCGGCGUUCACCUACGCCAUCACCGCCGCCGGAGUGGCUCACGCAGUGACGGCAGCCUGUAGCCAAGGCAACCUGAGCCAGUGUGGCUGUGACCGCGAGAAGCAGGGCUACCACGACCAGGAGGAGGGCUGGAAGUGGGGGGGCUGCUCGGCCGACGUUAAGUACGGCGUGGAGUUCUCGCGGCGCUUUGUUGACGCCCGAGAGAUCAAGAAAAACGCCCGGCGGCUGAUGAACCUGCACAACAAUGAGGCGGGGCGAAAGAUCCUGGAGGAGAGGAUGAAGCUGGAGUGCAAGUGUCACGGCGUUUCCGGUUCUUGCACCACUAAGACCUGCUGGAUCACCCUACCAAAGUUCAGAGAGAUCGGCUACCUGCUGAAGGAGCGCUACAGCGAAUCGGUUCAAGUGGAGCCUGUCCGGGCCUCGCGGCUCCGCCAGCCGUCCUUCCUGCGUCUCAAAGACGCCCGGGGCUACCAGAAGCCCACAGACACGGACCUGGUCUACCUGGAGCGCUCGCCCAACUACUGCGAGGAGGACACGGCGACGGGGAGCACGGGGACGAGGGGCAGGCUGUGCAAUGGCACCUCCACCAACACAGACAGCUGCAAUGUGAUGUGCUGCGGCCGGGGCUACAACACACACCACUACACGCGCGUGUGGCAGUGCAACUGCAAGUUCCACUGGUGCUGCUUCGUCAAGUGCAACACGUGCAGGGAGAAAUCGGAGGUUUACACCUGCAAGUAGGGAACGAGAGAGACGGACAGCGGCUGAGGAUGGGAAACAGACAAGGGGUCGAAGGUCAGGGGGAUCCGACGAAGUGGAAUUUGAAGUGAAGGACGUGGAAGUAUUUAUUCAACAUUUUGCACAUUUUGACUUCCUAUUUGGAAUUCUUCAAAAAAAGGAAAGGCACGCGUGAAAUGGAACAUGAAGCCUGGAGAGCGUGUCCAAAUCAUGUGACUGUGACAUGAAGCGAAUUCAAUCUCUUCUUUCCCAGA